AUGCUUUUCUGGAUGUUUUUGCCCUCCUUUCCCCGCUUGAGUUCGCUUCCGCUCCGUCCUCUUUCUCCAUUUCCCACCAUCCUUUGCGAUCACUAUUACCACCUGCUUUCGUCGAUCAACUUGAUGGGUGUUUCAAGGCAAUCGCACCCAGCAGUACCUGCUGAAGAUAGAUACCGUGGGGUACCCGCGCCGCAUACGAGCCUCUCCGAUCAGCCGGUGCUUGAUAACGAAGUAUUUGCAGAAGCCAAGCCAGACGAGCAGAAGGUGCGAGACGACGACCGCGAUCCCGAGGAUGACACCCGCGAGAAUACGGUAGCUGCACGUGUUGCGGUCGGACAUCCACGUGAUGAUCAACUAGGCCCGUCCGGCUUCCGGUGGCCCCGAUACUUUAUCGGGGCCGCCGAUGAGGAGUCCACCGAUUACUCCGAAGUCAACGAUGAGGAUGUUGUCCACCUCUUCACGGAAACAGGACCCGCCGGCAUGGUGACAUACCAUGUCACCUACAAAACUAUGGGAUGGGAGACCCGGUGUACGACCAAGACGCUCCUUCGCAAGUACAAGAAAGAGGCCCGGGAAGCUGUGAAAAACGCCAAUAAGUCCAAGGUCGGAGCCGGAGACAAGUGCCAGAUCAUCGCUUCGGACAAAGAAACCGACUACGAUGAAGCUGCCGAGUCUUUCGGGUCAGACAGCGAGAUCGACGAGACACCGAAGCGUACCGGCAAGGUUUACUCCACUGAAGUGGACCCUGAUUUCAGGGCCCGCUACAAGCACCUAGACUUUGAGCACCUCGAUGAGGUAUCUGGAAUGCCAAGGCUGCCCAGCAGGAGCAUGCGAUCGCGCAGUCGCGCGAGGAGGGCGAGGGAGAGGGGGGAUAAUCACGGAUCCGACAGCUGGGGCGUUCAGAGGCUGCUGGGACAGCACGAGUUGCAGUCUGACGAUACCAACGCUUUGCCCUAG